AUCUUAUUGCCUGUACCGCCUUAGAAUUUCGCACGUUGGCCAUCGUCUUUUCCAUAUCGACGCGUCUCUUUGCCUUAUCAGCACAGAAUUACUCGAUAUUGAGACCUGGUCCUCAGACUACACGAGUGACAGUAACUUUACGUCUCCAAUAUUCAGUUUCAAAAGCGACCGAUAUUGACUGCAUUGUCUAACUCUUCUGCCACAGCGUCCCCUGACGCCACAGCAUCUUGCUCGUCCCUAUCGAGUGCCAAUCUGGCCUAAGCCUCCGCGGUCUUUGAUCUCGGGACUUUUUCUAUCGAGAUUUUCAUCCGCUGCCUGCCAUUUUAAUCCUCAACAACACCCGGAACCCCAAGGCUCUUUCAUUCCCGCCCUUCCGCGAUUACAUCCAACACAAUGGCGGACAAGAAGAACGAAGAUUUUGUCGUCAGGAUGCCAGACAACGGCACCGUUGAGAAGGAGCCCUUUUUGGCCCGAUCGCCACCUGCUAGGGCCCGUACUGGCAGCGGCGGUGGAUUCGGCGACAGCUUCUCGCUGGCCAGGGUUGCCAACAACCCUCCGGCUGCGAUCCUGGCUUACUGCCUUUCCUCGAUCAGCAUGACUGUGGUCAACAAAUAUGUCGUCUCGGGAAGCGAAUGGAACCUGAACUUCUUCUACCUCGCCGUUCAGGCUAUUGUAUGCAUUAUCGCCAUUCUCUUCUGCAAGCAAAUUGGUAUCAUUACGAACCUGGCGCCCUUUGAUAACGUUAAGGCGAAGAAGUGGUUUCCCGUUUCGCUGCUUCUCGUCGGCAUGAUCUAUACCAGCACCAAAGCGCUUCAAUUCCUCUCAGUUCCCGUCUACACCAUCUUCAAGAACUUGACCAUCAUCGCCAUUGCGUACGGUGAGGUCCUUUGGUUUGGAGGCAGCGUCAGCCCCUUAGCAUUGGUCUCGUUCGGCUUGAUGGUUCUUAGCUCCGUGGUUGCUGCUUGGGCCGAUAUUCAGAGUGCCAUCCACGGUGGCUCGCACCCGUCCGAGGCUUCUACAGCCAUCUCAACCCUCAACGCCGGCUACGCUUGGAUGGGUAUGAACGUCUUUUGCAGUGCCGCCUACCUUCUGGGCAUGCGCAAGGUCAUUCACAAGAUGAACUUCAAGGACUGGGACUCCAUGUUCUACAACAACCUGCUCACCAUCCCGGUCCUCAUCGUCUGCUCCCUCAUCGCCGAGGAUUGGUCAGCUGCUAACUUGGCCAGGAACUUCCCUAUCGAGUCCCGCAACGCGCUCUUCAUUGGCAUGAUCUACUCGGGCCUGGGCGCUAUUUUCAUCUCGUACUGCUCCGCCUGGUGCAUCCGCGUGACGACCUCGACGACAUACUCCAUGGUUGGCGCUCUCAACAAACUUCCGAUUGCUAUCAGCGGUCUUGUUUUCUUCUCGGCCCCUGUUACCUUUGGUUCCGUCUCGGCCAUUGUCAUUGGAUUCAUCAGUGGUAUCGUCUACGCAUGGGCCAAGGCCAGGCAAUCGUCUCAGGCCAAGAGCGCGCUGCCAACACAGCAGCCCGUCAUGAGCGCGAGUUCCCAGAGCAACAAGGACGCUUCGAACUCCUGAACGGCAACUGAAGCACGAUGAGUGCGGCGUUUUUGCCCUGUGGAAUAAUUUGCUGUCUUGUAACGCCGCUAGGGACUGUUGUCCGUGGUCUGCAACUCAAAUAAGAACUCCGCAUUCAGCGUUGCGAAAGUUGGCCUUGUUGUUACUUCAUUUCUCAUUUGUCAUUUCAUGUACAUCAAGCUUCGUUUUGCCUUCAACUCUUUAAUCAUUUUUUAUUUCUCCUUGUCAUAGAGCUUAUUCGGCGCGCGCGCAAAUGUCUGCCGACGGAGAUGGCAGAAGCAAACGGGGCACAGCACAGACCUGCAAUACUCCAGACAGACUUGCGAACGGACACAUGAAGCUUCUUGGGUUGGCGUUCUGGUUUGAAAGAAGGAUGGAAAGCCGUGCACCUGCAUUAUUAUACACGGGCAGCAGGCCGGCACAUGGCCGUAUAGAAGAUCAGAUGAUGAGAUGAAAAUGUACACGUCAAAUUAGCGAAGAUAGCUGAUCACUAUCGAAUGCCUAUGGAACUAGGUAUAAAGCUAUUAAUACUACCCUCUUGUAACACGGA